UGAGUGGUUCAGAACUUCAGAUCGGUCCAUCCCAGACUUGCAGAGAUUUGAGUAGAAACGCAGAGUCAAAGAGUGGGAGAGAUGGAGAUGAAGAAGGUAGCAGCUGUGCUGUUGGUUCUGUUUCUAGUGUCGUCGCAGAUGGUCAGCAUCGAGGGCGAUGCUUUCGACUGUUACGAUGCUUGUUCGACGGGAUGUGUUAACAGAGAUGUCAGGACUAUGCUUCGCUGUGAUCGCAAAUGCGCCAUUAAAUGCGAUCGAAAAAAAGUUGCAGUUACAGGUGCGGCUGCCGUGGAGGGAAGUGGUUAGGUUAGAAGAGCAAGCAAAUUCCAAAUUGUUUGACAAUUGGAAUGCGAAGAUCUAGAUUAAGUUCUGGAAUGAAGUUAAUGUUUCUCAUAAAUGGGUCCCAUUUAAAACGGGGCCCUCUGUAGUCUGUACCUUGUAUUGGGCUUCCUUCUUCACUCUUCAGUGAAGCGGAGCAACUGCUGAACUGAAUUGAUAUAUAGAUAAUUGUAUUUGUAGUACGA